AUGGGGAACAUGUACUUUGAUGUGAUGCUCAUCACUGUCGCAACGGUGGGCAAGAUCAUGCUGUGCGCCCUCGCGGGCAUGCUCGUCUCGAGGUACUACUCUAACCCGAAAGAAACUCUGACGGGUCUUAGCUACAUCUCCGCGAGGGUGUUCCUCCCGUGUCUGCUGUUCGCAAACCUAUGCGUGAACGUGACGUGGGAGCAGCUCAGCCAGUUCUAUUGGGCACCGUUAUUUGCGGUGCUGCCGAUGGGGAUCGGCUUCCUGCUCUCGAUGCUGGCAUGUGCCCUUCUCAAAAGGGAGUACCACUUCCUCAUAAUCCUUUCCAGCUCCUUCCAGAAUGGCCUCACGUUCCCGGUGAGCGUGCUGAUUAACCUGAAUGGCAUCGAGUGGUUCACACAGGCGGCCGUCGUGGACGCGCAGUCCUACAUCUUCCUGUACAACGUGGUGUGCUCGAUAGGGCUGUGGGCUGUCGGUGACUCCAUGAUUGCCUACGCGAAGGCCAAGGAAGCGGCGUCUGAGGAGGCCAAUGAUGAGGAGUUGGUGACCAGGCAGUGCCCGUACAGCACCGAUGGGCGUGUCGACGGCGAAGCGGAGGGUAAGGAAGAGGCGCAGUCGUCACCGCGCACGGCAGCAGCAGCGGCACAGCAGGGCCAUGCGACCGCGCGCGAGCAACUUGGGUGGUAUCGGCCAGCGCACGCAAGUGACAAGCCGAUCACGCUGCCACCAGGGUCCCCUGCGAUUCUUCUGGAUGAUGAGAUGCGCAUUGCAAAUUCAAAGGUCAAGUCGAGGGCCGACCGUCUCAAGCGCCUGAGCCGGAUUGCUCUCGCAUCGAUGCAGUCCCCAACAGUGCUGAGCAGCAUCAUCGCCCUCGCCAUCUCCCUCACACCGCCACUGCGGCGGCUGGCAAAGAGCCCUUUUGGCGAGCCCUUCGUCGGUGGCAUGGCCCUCGUCGGCAAGGGGGCCAUUCCGCUGCAUCUGGUGGUGCUGGGCUCCUCCAUCGCGGCCAGCCGCCCCAGGGCUGACCCGACAUCCCCGACGAAGGGGGUGCAGGUGACCAUAUCGUCUCCCACCACAUCGGCCCCGCGGCCGACGAACGCAGAUGGCACCGUCUUUGACGUGUCCGCGUCGCAGCCCAGCAGGGGGGGACUCAACGCUCUUCGUUCCUGGAUCACCUCGAGGGUGCAGCCGCAGAUUCUCUUCACAUGCUGCGCGGUGGUGACGCGGCUCGUGAUAAUUCCGUGCGUCUGCUUCCUUGCCCUGCACACCCUUGUGAAGAUGGGCCUCAUGCCGAGCGAGAAGCCAUUUUUGCUCGCGAUACUGGUGGCCAUCAUAUCGCCGACCGCGAAUAACUCGACGUUGAUCUGCACCAUGCGUGAAUACCACGUCCGCGACUACUCGCACAUGAUGUUUUUCAUGUACCUCAGCAGCAUCAUCACAUCCUCCGUAUGGCUCUUCUGCAUCCUCUUGUACUUGUCGGACUAG